AUGGCCGAAACAAUUGUGUCUUCUAUACCUGCAUCACAUGCUUUUGACCCACGUACAACGACAUGGCAAUCAUAUCGGAAUCGCAUCGGAUUUUAUUUCAAAGCAAACCGAAUAAUGGAAGACAGCGACAAGAAACCAUUAUUUUUGUGGGCAAUCGGCGAUUCAACAUUCAAUUUGUUGGAAUCAUUGAUGUCUCCAACGGCUCUCACCGAUACUACCAUCACAUUUGAAACAUUGACCAAGGUAUUAGAUUCUCAUUACGACAUUCGAAAAAACAUAAUGACAUCGACCUAUGACUUUUAUUCUUGUGUUCAAAAGCCCGGUCAAUCGUUCAUAGAGUGGAAGGCAGAACUGCGUGAAAAGGUUCGACACUGUGGGUUUACAACAUCGAAAUUAGCAAAGAAACCACAGGACAGAGCUUUACGUGACAUGUAUGUGAUUGGGAUAAGACGUCAAAAGACUCGGCAAGCUCUUUUGAAAGAAGAAGACCCAGAUCUCGAAGCAACAGAGAAAAUUAUUCAAAUGGCAGAAUGUUUACAAGAAGAUGUCCGCCAUUUCAAUGCAAAUACGGGCCAAACAGAUGGAAAUGUAGACAAGAUUGAUCGCCAACAAUCUAGUGAAACACCACGACAGCAAACUAGAUCGCAUUGGAUUCCGACGGUCUCGGAUCCGAUUGGGUCCGGCAUCGGAUUUGUUGACCUGGGGAGACAACAAAGAAAGCGAUUUAAUAAUUACGUCUUCAUAAACAUUAAAGCAGAUCUAAACAGAUUUCAAGUGAAAAAUGAAAAGUUUUUCAAUAGCCGACAUAUUCGGUCGGUCCGACUGCCACCCACAUUAGAUAAGUUUCGCUGUAGUCUAUUGUCAAGAGCAUCAAUCACCCUAUGUAGACCUUCGAAAGUAAUUGAAUGCUAUGAUGACAUACAUGAGAGUGAUCGUAAGCACAUAAAUACUACUAAAAUAGAAGUAUUUCCUCUAACAUGCCUAGGAAACGAUCAGCAGAUAAGCGGUCAUGUAAAAGUUCUGUUUACUAGAGUGUGGGUGUGUGAUUUUCUACUAUAUAGUACGUUCGAUGCCGUUGAUGACGACUGA